AGCUCUACACUUACCCUGCUAGACAGGUCUACUAUAGAGCCUAAAAAGACAGUUAAGUGGCUAAGAAUCUACUUUAACAACGCACUCUCCUUUAAAGAACACAAUACUUUAGCAGCAUUUAAGCAGGAAUUCUAUAAGGCAGCCCUACUUGCAAAUAGCAGUAGAGGCCUCCCUCCUUGCGCUGUAAGACAGCUAUAUUUAGCAUGCGUUUCUAGCAUUGCAAAUUAUAGACUGCAGAAUCUUGCCCUAAGGAAAAUCCUAGGAACCUUUAGGACCUCUCUAAUAGCACCACAGGAGACAGAAGCAGCACUUCCUCCCCCU